AAAACAUAAUAUUACAAAUACAGUAAGAAAGCAUAUGAUAUAUUAUGCAAGCGAACUAAUGCGUUUAUUUAUAUAUCGAGCUGUAUCUGGCCAUAGGCGCCGCUACUGUCGCGAUUUCAAAGCCAGUGUCUCGGAUAGCUUUCAAGUACUUUAUUAAUAUAGCACAACAAAAAAUCCAAAGAAAGAAAUAUUAAAACAUGUUAUAAUUGCCAAUCGAUUUGCGACAGAAUAGAAUAAUAAAACACCACAUACCUAAUAAACACAACGCAAUAAUAAAUUCAAUAAUAUUGUAGAUAAACAUUUCAAAAUUAAAAAAUAUUAAUUGCGUAAAUUAAAUCUAUGAGAUGCAGCUUGAUAACACCUGUCAUUAUUGAGAGUCAUUGCACAAUCGAGAAUUAACAGAAAAUGACCACGUGAAUCUCGUUCUUGCUCACCGUACUUGAUUUGAAGAAACGUGAGACCGGAGAGAUCGAGAUUUUCCUAGUUCAAGGACGUGUCACCUACGUGCAUCGAAUUGGUUCCAAUUCGUAAUUAAAUUUGCAAAAUUCUGUAAACGCACUCGAUUCGAUUCCCAGUAAUUUUCUUUCAAAAAAUUCGAUGAAAACAAUGUAAUAGGAUGGCUGAGAAAGAAACAAGCAAUCCAAAAUUGCAGGAACAGUCAAUGAAAACUGUGCUACAAUCUCAACUCGCUAAAAUUAAAAAGGAGGAAGAAGAAGAAUUAUGGAUAUCGGGGGAAGAAUUGUAUACGGAGGGUAGCAGUGACGAAGAAGAGUGUAAAAUACAAUCACGAUCGCGUCGUAAAGUCAAUAAUAAUAUAUCAUCGCGCACUUCUUCGGUUAACUCUAGUGUCGAACGACAAGGUUAUUCACCCGUUUCGAUUGAAACUAAAUCGAAACUAAACUAUUCUGCUGAUGCUCUUAAAGGUAAUAUUAUUGAAAAUCAAUUUGUGCUCAAAACUGUAUUGCAAUGUGACAAAACCUUGAAAGAUUCAAGUCGAACAUCGUCGAUGGAAUCUCCAAGAUCCGAUCACCUUCCUACAACGGAAUUAUCUAUAAGCUCAAUUACAAAUGAUUUUUCCGAUCUUUCGACUGUGGAGGAUCAAAUAGAAAAUACGGAAAUUUCAUGGAAAGCAAACAAAGGUACUUUUGUGUUACCUAGCUCGAGUGACGAUGUAGAAAAAGAAACGAACAAAUGCUGACAUAUUGAGAAAAUUUUACGUGUGUCCCAAAGUUGUUAUUUUGUUUAUUACGUUGUAUAUACUUACGUAAACUAUUUAAUCUAAGAUAAUUCUUUAAGUAUUCGAUUUAAUGCUACUUCUGUUGAACAUAUUAGUAUUUUUAAAUUGUACAUAAUUAUUACAUAAUAAUGAAGAAUCGUUUGAAAAUGACUGGAACGCUGACAUUAAUAUUUCAAACAUUGAUGCGGAGGAUGAGCGUAUACGAAAAGAAAUUUUAGAAGUGAAAAUUCUUGAUAAUAUUGUAAACACAAUGAACGAUAAAGUAAAAGUAAAUUGUUUAUAAGAUGAAAAAACGGUUAUUUUUUUACCGCCAUAAACAAAAUUGUUCUGAUCGUUCUGCAGAAAACAAUCAAAGAAACUGUAUUGUAUCAAUUUGAAAAUCGAAAACGACUAGAAAAAAUGUUAAAAUCAAAUCCAUCUGAAACUGGUAAACUUGCAGAAAAUACGCGGCAAUUUUUAUACUUAUGCCCCAAAUAUACAACGCUAAAUACAGGUAUGACAAUAAAGAUAAUACGCGAAAGAGUUUGAUAGUAAUAUUUUAAUCGAAUACAGAGUCAGAUAUAUCGCUCGAGACAAAUAAUUCUAAAGAAAUAUUUCAAAAUAGAGACAACAUAAAUCUUCUAAAUCUUGAUGAUAAAGUGAGUUAUAUUAAUAA